AUGAGUAGUUAUGUGUUGGGCUGUGGAAUAGUACCCGAAUAUGAUAGUAUUGGUGGCAAUUAUGAAGAUGUAUCGUUUAAUAAUGCUGACAACGUUGAUGGCGGCAAUAGCGAUUAUAAAGCCAUUGGACUUUUGGGUGAUAUUGAAGAAAUUAAUCCAGACGUAGGUGCUGGUUUAGGUGUUAAACUCACAAUAGACGAUGAUUCUUCUAUUCAUUCAAUCAAAGAUAUUGAUGACGGUGAUAUUAAUAAUAGUAAUAUUGUGAUUAGACUAAUUAAUCGAUGGGCAAAAACCUGUGCAAAAAAGUGCUAUCCUCAACAAAUAAGCGAUAUUACCACUAAGAAUAAUAGUGAUUAUAUCACUAUAACUUCACCACAUUUACCUAAAAGAUCUCCG